AUGAGCCACAUCGUGGCGGCCUCGCCGGGAAAUCCGCUGAUCGGCCCGCCUCCAUCCUCGCAGCAUAUAAUCGCAGCCUCGUCACCCCUUCGUCUCCUCGCCAAAACACCCUCCGCGCCGCGUCGCGUCCUGGCUUCCCUUCCUCCCCGCUCUCAUCCCUUCCGCCCCGCUCUCAUCCCUUCCGCCCCGCUCUCAUCCCUUCCGCCCCGCUCUCAUCCCUUCCGCCCCGCCCUCAUCCCUUCCGCCCCGCUCUCAUCCCUUCCGCCCCGCUCUCAUCCCUUCCGCCCCGCUCUCAUCCGUUCCUCCCCGCUUUUUUUCCCUUCCUCCCCGCUCCCAUCCGUUCUUUUCCUCUCUCAUCCCUUCCUUCCCGCUUUUGUUCCCUUCCUCCCCGCUCUCAGCCGUUCUUUUCCACUCUCAUCGUUUCCUCCCCGCUCUCAGCCGUUCUUUUCCACUCUCAUCGUUUCCUCCCCGCUCUCAUCCGUUCUUUUCCACUCUCAUCCCUUCCUCCCCGCUCUUAUCCCUUCCUCCCCGCUCUCAUCGUUUUGGUACUUUCUUUGCGAGCUCGAGUCUGAAACAGAUGUGUCUCAAACGAUUGCGACACCUCAAUAUUGA